AAACUCACUUGACAACAACAAUGGAGCCUCCACUUAAAAAUGGACUUUGCAAGGUCGCCGUCACCUGCGAUUUGCAACGUAGCCACCGAAAAGAGCGCCACAUCCGACGCGAAUGACCACCGAGCUGCGUCGUCGCCAGAUCGCUUCCGCGACCGAAGGCGAGAAUGGCAAAGGCGACAAAACGUCACUUACAGCGGAAGUAUCAGUUGCCACCAAGAAACGCAGAAGUAGUACCUCAAACACGGAAAAAAUCCUCUUCAAAAUACCUGUAAUUCUAUUCUACGCCUUCUGGUUUACCUUUGGAAUUCUUGUGUUGCGAAAAACGCAAAACGCCAUCGCAGCUGUGCGCUAUGUGAAGAGACAUGGACACACUGUUGCACAAGAAAUCAUCGAAAAUUCUCGAGAAUUUGAUGAUUUGAUACAAAUGCUGGAUGAGGAGUUCACAAGGCCUCCAGCAUUUUUACUGCUCAAUCAAUACGCUCUCAAUAUGACUUACAACUUUCUGUGCAAUACUGCCAGUUUGCCUGGAGUACAUGAGAGGCUGAUAUUCGUCACAUUGGAUACGGUGGCCAGAGAUGAGCUCAAGAGGAAUUGGCCGGAUAUUCGGCAAUUUCAUUGGCCCACUCCGAGUCUCUAUAAACCAUUCAGUUUUGCCGAGGGACCAUAUCAAACAAUUUAUCUACUUCGGGCCAAUUUGGCUGUAGCCCUUCUAAGAAAAGGCAAGUCAUUCUGGAUGAUGCAGCAGGACACAUUCUGGCGGAAAAACCUCUUUGAACUCGGUUUCGAAGAUAACACGUCAUAUGAUGCCAUCUUCGAUCAGCUUGGAGUGGACGAGAAGAGCAUGAGAACGAACUGGGUGAACGGCGCAAACUUCUUCAUACGAGCCAACAAUGAUACCAUCAAAUUCUUCGAGAGACUGUCAGAUAAGCUGGCACAUUGGUACACACCGGAUAUGGGUGUAAUGAUCCAUCAGUGUCAUACUUGGAGUCGUCCUAGAUGCGCUUAUUUUCCUUAUGAAUUGGCACAUUCAUGGGAAUGGAUGUAUUCAGAACAGAAAAAUCCACCUUAUAUAAUGCAGCUGGACUGCGAGACAGAUGGUGGAUCAAAACUCAUGCAGCUUGGAAAGUUCGGUUUCCAAUUCAUCGAUAGCAAUGGAACUUGCGAUCACGAAAAGGUAAGAUUGGCACGUGAACGAAUGGAAGCAGGUAAAAUUGAGGUGCGGCGGACAUUCCCAUCAAAAAGCGCUGGCAGUGAAAAUUUGUCCAGACCAUAUACACCAACCGCCAUAGACUCAAAGCAUUUCGAAAUCCCCAUAAAGAUCUACGAUGAUGGAAAGCUCACAAAAUACGUGAAGCAGUGGAAAAUUGGCGACAAAGUUGAAUGGCGCGGACCAUAUCCGGAAAGUAUCGCUUGGAUGAAGGAAGGGUCAUCGAAUCUACUUCUCAUAGCUGGAGGCACAGGAAUCGCGCCAUUUGUUCGAAUUGUCGACGAGGUUUUGGAAGAUGACGGAACAGAAAUCCGAAUUCGGUUGCUGUAUUGUGUGCGCAGCUGUAAAGAUAUACUUUUCGAAGAACAACUUGUCGAGUGGUCAAGUCAAUGGAACAUUUCCGUAGCAAUUUGCGGAUCAGCUCUAGAGGGAAAACUGCCUUAUCUGUUCGAGCGCGUCGAUAAGAGAUUUGAUGAGGAAGUGUUUUUGGAGCAAUUUGCUGCAAUAAGUAAAGCAAAGCCAGGGAAUGUCACGGUAAGCGUCUGCGGUAGCAAAACCAUGGAAAAGGAUGUGGUGAAUUUUGCUACGAAAGCUGGAGUGGAAUCUUCAAGAGUCAUUCGUUUCCCUGGCUGAAAAAAUUCCGCUCAACACAAUUUUAGUUUGUUACAGUGCUCAUAACCGCUAGGAUCAAUGUAGUGAUAUGUAUAGUACUUAUUCUCUUACUGUUCCAAAACAUCUGGGUAUUUUGGCCAAACAAAAUCUGCU